GAACUCCAUCCCUGGCUGUAUAAGUCGGCUUUUACAUUGUUUUUCAACUGCCUUGUGGAUAUGAAUUCUCCAAAUAAACAUUUAUAAAAUGGAAUAUGAAUCCUCCUUACCUGAGCUUGGUGAUCUUCUCACCUUAAGCUGCAAUAAGAGGCUCGAACUUUUGGAGUCAUUUUUAAGUCAACCCGAUGGUGACAAGAAAUUAAACCAUAGCCUUAAUUUAGAAGAUAAUUUUAAGAGCCACCAAUUUUCUCUGGAUGCUUUAUUGGACACAUUCAUAUUACUCUAUGAUGAAUGCAGUAAUUCAUCUCUGCGGAGAGAAAAAAGUGUAUCGGAUUUUCUUAAACUUGCUAAGCCUUUUGUUCAUAUUGUCAGGAAGCUACGGCUGACGCGUGAUGAUUUUGAAAUUUUAAAAAUAAUUGGCCGUGGCGCAUUUGGUGAAGUGUGUGUUGUUCGCAUGCUAUCAUCAGAAAAUAUAUUUGCCAUGAAAAUAUUAAAUAAAUGGGAAAUGCUGAAGCGUGCGGAGACUGCAUGUUUUCGCGAAGAGAGAGAUGUGCUAGUCCUCGGAGAUCGUCAAUGGAUAACAAAUUUGCAUUAUGCGUUUCAGGAUAAUAUAAAUUUGUACCUGGUCAUGGACUAUUACUGCGGUGGCGAUUUAUUAACGCUGCUGAGCAAGUUCGAGGAUAAACUUCCAGAGGAUAUGGCAAAAUUUUAUAUUACAGAAAUGAUUUUGGCAAUAAAUAGCAUUCAUCAACUGAAGUAUGUUCACAGAGAUAUAAAACCGGACAAUGUUUUGUUGGACAAACGUGGGCAUGUGCGUCUGGCUGAUUUUGGUUCCUGCUUACGUUUGGAUAAGGAUGGCACAGUGCAAUCAAAUGUUGCUGUUGGAACACCCGACUAUAUAUCGCCCGAGAUCUUGAGGGCUAUGGAGGAUGGAAAGGGUCGUUAUGGAACCGAAUGUGAUUGGUGGUCACUUGGUGUAUGCAUGUACGAAAUGUUAUAUGGAGAAACACCAUUUUAUGCAGAGAGUUUGGUGGAAACCUAUGGAAAGAUUAUGAACCAUCAGAAUUGCUUUAAUUUACCCGCUCAAGAUACUUCACACAGUAAGUUAUCUGAAGCAUCUAAGGACCUACUACGCAGACUAAUUUGUAUUCCUGAAACGCGGCUGGGCCAGAAGGGGCUACGUGAUUUUAUGGAACAUGCAUGGUUCGAGGGGAUCGAUUGGGAGAAUAUAAGAAAUGGUCAAGCGCCUUAUAUACCAGAAGUGUCGAGUCCAACAGAUACAUCGAAUUUUGACGUUGACGACAAUGAUGUGAGAUUAAUUGAUUCUAUUCCGCCAUCGUCUAACCCGGCCUUUUCUGGAUUUCAUUUGCCAUUUAUUGGAUUUACAUUUUCUCAAAAUAAUUGUAGAACGGACCUGAAAACAGACGACUUAUUUCCUGAUAGCAAAACGCAAACAUCUGUUUUCGACGAGAGUCUUGGAAACUCUGUUUCGAGCAAUAAGCAAUCAAAAGAUGCAGAAAAAUCAAACGAAUCACUCAAUAAACAAAUUAAAACAUUAACCGAACAAUUAGUCACGUGUAAGCACGAGAAAAACGAACUGUCCGCAAAAUAUAACGAAAUACUUGAAAGACUACAAGUUCAAGAAGCUGAACUAAAGGAAACAAUAGCUCAGCGUAAUGUCGCAAUGAUGGAAUACUCAGAAGUAACCGAAAAACUCACAGAACUUCGAAACCAAAAACAAAAACUCUCAAGACAGGUUAGAGAUAAGGAAGAAGAGCUCGAUGCGGCAAUCCAAAAGAACGAUAGCCUGAGAAACGAGCUGCGUAAAUCGGAUAAAACUCGUAGAGAAUUGGAACUGCAUAUUGAAGAUGCUGUAAACGAGGCGUCCAAGGAGAAAAAAAUAAGAGAACAUGCCGAAGAAUGCUGUCGAAAGCUACAAAAUGAUUACCGCAAAUCGGUACCGAAUGUCGACUCUACUUCGCCCUCGGGAAUGGCGGCAUACGAAUUGGAACGCGUCGAACUUCAAUAUGCGGAAAAGCUAAAUCAUCAACAGGCACGGAAUAACUUUGAAUUGGAUGCCCUAAAGGAACAAAUAAGCGAAUUGGAAGCGGCCAACGCAAUGCUCUCUAAAGAACUGCAGCAGGCGCAUGAAAAGAUCAAAUCUACUCCCGAUUAUAUAGCCGACUCAGCAGAAGCGAUAUUGGAGUUGCAGAAGCGAUUCGAUUUAGAGAAAUCCACAUGGUACGAGGAGAAGCAACGUUUGAACACAGAAGUCAGUACGAAAUGCAAAAAUCUACGAGACUUGCAGGCCGAUGAAAUUCAAAUAUUGAAGGAACUCCAGGUUAAGCGCGAAGCAAUAAAUCAUUGGGAACUGCAAAUGGCCGAAAUAAUACAAUGGGUGUCAGAUGAGAGGGAUGCUCGAAGCUAUUUGCAGGCGCUGGCAACAAAGAUGACUGAAGAAAUCGAAUAUCUCAAGCAUGUGGGAACCUUGAACAAUAAUGCCGUUGAUCAUAAGAAUUGGCGAAACAGACGUUCCCAAAAGCUAGAUAAAAUGGAAUUGCUAAAUUUGCAAAGUGCUCUGCAACGCGAAAUUCAGGCGAAGGCAUCCAUCGCCGAAGAGCUUAGUCAAACUAGAGCCGAACUCAUUUCUACCCAAAAAGAAGCUGUCGAUUAUAAGAAGCGAUGUGAGUCUAUCUUAUAUGACCUGAAGAAGAAAGAGGUCGAACUGAGAGACUUGCAGAAAAUGGAACUUGGCUAUUCGGAAUCCUUUUUGAAUAAGGCAUCCCAUCAUAAUAAUGCCUUCUUCAAGGAUAUGUCUAUGAACACUGAAGUUGCGGAGUCUGAGGAAUCCUAUGCUAACGAUGCAAGGGACAGUAUUUCAUCGGCCUCUAAUUUGUUUCAGGCUGCGAAUCCGGGCAUGCUUUUCAACUAUGAGUCGAAGUAUUCACUCAAGCCAGGGAAGGACAACUUAAGUGUGAAAAAUGCUGCUAUGAAUGAUGACAUUCGAUCAGAGCACAGCCUUAACUAUGAGGAAUCAAAGAAGAAGAUGAGCAAUACGUCAAUUCAUCAGUUUCUCGUGCGAACCUUUAGCAGUCCUACCAAAUGUAAUCACUGUACUUCUUUAAUGGUCGGCUUGACACGGCAAGGUGUUGUUUGUGAAAUUUGCGGAUUUGCAUGCCACACUGUCUGCUGUCAAAGAGUGCCGACCAUGUGUCCCGUGCCCAUGGAUCAAACCAAGAGACCAUUGGGCAUAGAUCCAACUAGAGGAAUUGGAACAGCUUAUGAAGGCUAUGUGAAGGUGCCCAAAUCGGGAGUCAUAAAACGGGGCUGGAUUCGUCAAUUUGUGGUUGUCUGUGACUUCAAAUUGUUUCUGUAUGAUAUAUCUACCGAUCGAUGUGCAUUACCUAGUGUAAGUGUGUCCCAAGUGUUGGAUAUGCGGGAUCCCGAAUUCUCUGUUGGCAGCGUACGAGAGAGUGAUGUCAUUCAUGCUGCUAAAAAAGAUGUUCCAUGUAUUUUUAAGAUAAAAACUUCUCUCAUUGAAGGAGGAAUCUCAUUAAGCACUUUGAUGCUGGCUGAUAAUGAAUCUGAAAAGUCCAAAUGGGUAAUUGCAUUGGGCGAACUUCAUCGAAUUUUAAAACGAAAUAAUUUACCAAAUACGGCCAUUUAUAAAGUUAACGAAAUAUUGGAUAAUACCCUGUCGAUUAUACGAAACGCUCUGUGUUCUGUUAUAACUUAUGCGAAUCAAAUUUUACUAGGAACUGAAGAUGGAUUGUUCUACAUCAACUUGGAUCAAUAUGAAAUUGCACGAAUUGGCGAAACAAAGAAAAUUUUGCAGUUGUGGUAUAUUGAGGAAGAGCAGAUAAUUGUUAUUCUUUGCGGAAAGCAGCGACAUUUGAGGCUUUUACCUAUAAGGGCUUUGGAGGCAAGCGACGUCGAAUGGAUAAAGGUCGUGGAGUCUAAGAACUGUAUUUCUGCUUGCACCGGAAUUAUACGACGCUAUCCAAGUAUUGUGUACUCGUUUAUCAUUGCGUUAAAGCGACCCAAUAACCACACCCAAAUCAUUGUAUAUGAAAUCAAUCGCACGCGUACAAGACACCAAAAGACUUGCGAGUUCACGAUCGGAUAUCUAGCUCAACAUCUACAAAUAUUGUCAGACAUGCGUCUAGUUGUCGCACAUCAAAGUGGAUUUACAGCGUAUUUCCUGAGAGGCGAGGCAACAGCAAUGUCCCUUGUUCAUCCAGAAAAUCAACUCUGCGCAUUCUUGAAUUAUUCUGGCGUUGAUGCAGUUAGAGUAAUUGAAAUAUUGUCUCCAACCGGUGGAACCUUUGGGGAAUAUCUAUUAGUAUUUCAGACUCUUGCAAUCUAUGUGGACUUGCAAGGACGCAAAUCACGCGAUAGGGAAAUAAUGUAUCCAGCUUUUCCCACUUAUAUAACAUAUUCCGAUGGUCAUCUGUUAGUAUUUUCAGAAACUCAUUUGGAUAUAUUCAAUACACAAACAUCUGAGUGGGUUCAAUCCAUUGGUAUAAAACAAUCGCUUCCUCUAAACAAUAUAGGAAACGUUGUUUUAACAUCAAUAAAUGAUACACCUCUGAUUGUGUACUUAGCUAAUAUUCAUACAAAGGGUCUUUUGCAGUAUCAUGAUGGUGACCAGAAGGGAGUCAGCAAUAUUAAACGUAGAUUUUCUAUAAGAGAAAUAAAUAAAACCGUUAAAAGUGAUCGAAGAUCAAAGAUGAUAUCUGGGCCAACGAAUUUCAACCAUAUUUCCCAUAUGGGGCCUGGUGAUGGUAUUCAAAAUCAGCGAUUAUUGGACUUGCCAACAACUCUAGAGACAGCUGAGCACGCAAGUAAACAAAUCAUAAGUUCGUUAAAUUCCGUGAACCAAAUAAGGAAAUGUAACUAUCUGGAUCAAGCUGAUGGUAACUCAGAGGAUUUUGGUAAUGACAAUUUGCCAUCUAGAACUCCCAGCCCAUUAGGAACGUUAAUUUUUGAUGACCUAAAUAAUAUCGAUUAAAUUGUAAUCUCCAUAUUAAUUUAACCUAAUGCCGAAUAAACUCGAACAAAUCAAA